UUACUGAACUUUCUAAACAAGUUCAAGAAUUUGCUCAACAAUGUUUAGAAACCAAACAGCAAUAUGUGAAGGUGUUUGGUUUUGUGAAAGCAUUAAUAAAUAAGGCAGUUAAAUUAAAUUUAAAUAAAAAGAUACUUACAAUGCUUGACAAUUUUAAGAAAAAAGAAAUUGACACAGUUCUUACCAAUAGUGAUGCUAUUAUUUCAUUAGAUGAAAGUAAAUAUGAACAAGAGAAUAAAGUUAAGAAAAUGCAAAAAAGAAAGAGCUCAGAAGUUAGUGGUAAAAAUCCUAUUGUAAAACAUCAAAAAGGUUGUCUACAGAAAGAACCCGAGUUCUCAGUAGUAUUGAGGCUAGCCAGUAUUUAUCAGCAAGUUCAAAAUCUAAAAAUAUUACUUGUGCAUAUUGCUAUGAAACUGUUUAUAAUAUUAGAAGUUGCAAAAAAAAGCUUGAUGAUGCUGAUAUUGAGAAAUAAUUUAAAGCAAGUUAAGUAA